CGUGAUCACCCCCUUCCUCCCCAAUCCAUGAUUCAACGCCCCGUCAAAGCAAAGUCCAGAAUAAUAUAGCAGUAGACCUGGACUCGAAUUUGCAUUAGGUCUUACAACAAUGGUGUCUGCAACCCGAAGGAGACUCGUUGGUCAGCCCUUGUUGUUCGCGGUCUCGCUGUUCGCUAGUUUAGGCGUAUUUCUUUUCGGAUAUGACCAAGGCGUGAUGUCUGGAAUAAUAACAGGACCGCAUUUCAACAAGUACUUUCAUGCGCUUGGACCGAUAGAAAUUGGAAGUAUGGUUGCGGUGUUGGAAGUAGGAGCUUUUGCCACGUCGAUUGCUGCAGGUCAAAUAGGUGACAUUAUCGGGAGGAAAGGCACGCUGUUCAUCGGCGCGUUGGUUUUUACGAUUGGAGGUGCCAUUCAAACGUUCACUCCUGGAUUUGCGGUUAUAGUGCUUGGAAGGAUUGUUAGUGGAUGUGGAGUGGGGUUGUUAUCAACAAUAGUUCCUAUAUAUCAAAGUGAAAUAUCUCCUCCUAAUCAUAGAGGCGCAUUGGCUUGCGUAGAAUUUACGGGAAAUGUAUUUGGAUAUGCAUUCUCAGUGUGGACAGAUUACUUCUGUUCGUUUAUAGACUCGGAUCUAGCAUGGCGGAUACCCCUCCUAUUACAAUGUAUCAUUGGAGGAAUCCUUGCUCUCGGUUCGUUAGUUCUGCCUGAAAGCCCGAGGUGGCUGAUAGACACGGAUAAGGAUGAAGAAGGAAUGCGAAUUAUUGCUGACUUGCGUGGUGGUGAUUUGGAUGAUCCGACAGCGAGAGCGGAGUUUAGAGAGAUCAAGGACAAAGUUGUGUCAGAGCGAGAAUCUGGAGAAGGAAGAUCGUACGGAAUGAUGUGGAGGAAAUAUAAGCAGAGAGUGUUGUUAGCUAUGUCGUCGCAAGCUUUUGCACAACUGAACGGGAUCAAUGUCAUUUCCUACUACGCACCCAAGGUUUUCGAAGCUGCUGGCUGGAAGGGUCGCCAAGCUAUAUUAAUGACGGGCGUUAAUGCUAUCAUAUACGUUCUAAGCACGGUUCCACCGUGGUAUCUAGUUGAUCGAUGGGGUCGAAGGCCCAUUCUGCUAUCUGGUGCAGCAGUGAUGUGCCUUUCGCUAUGCGCUACUGGGUACUGGAUGUACCUCGAUACACCCUCCACUCCGAAUGCUGUCGUGGUGUGCGUGAUUGUGUUUAAUGCCGCUUUUGGAUACAGUUGGGGUCCUAUUCCGUGGUUAUACCCUCCAGAGAUCAUGCCUCUGACCGUCCGCGCAAAGGGUGUAUCGCUGUCUACGGCGACGAACUGGGCAUUCAACACUUUGGUUGGAGAAGUUACGCCGUAUCUGCAAGAGGUCAUUACGUGGCGAUUGUAUUUUAUGCAUGGAUUCUUUUGCAUGUGUAGUUUUGUGUUGGUUUACUUUCUGUAUCCUGAAACCAAAGGAGUGCCUCUCGAAGAAAUGGACGCGGUGUUUGGAGAAGAAGACAACACCAAAUCCCAUUUUUCCGCCCUCGGACCUGAUUCUUCCUCCGAAAGAACGACCUUCUUACCAUCAGGAGGGAAUUCAGAGUAUCCCCCCACACCCACACCCAAACCAAGAUCACGGAACUUCCAAAACUACCCUCCCAACGGUUGGCUUCCGCGGUUUUUACGUAGGAAUGGCGGAAGUAGUCGUCGUGAGGGUGGGGGUGGGAAGGACGUCGAGUACCAGCCUCUACAUGUGGUAACGGACGAUGAGGACGAGACAGAAAUGGGUACCCGGACAAUGGAUAUGGAUCAUUCUCAUCGGAGGAAGUCUGCCUCUGACUUUUUAGAAGACGAGGAUCCAGAAGACGACGUGGGAGAGUAUGAGGUAGUUCCGAGGGAGUCUCUGGCGGUGGGAGCGAGUGGUAUACUACGGUAGCGUGGAGAAACAAAGAAGUUCCCGAAAACAAAACAAAAGCAGGAAGGAACCUUGUUUUUCCAGGUAGUGUAAGAUUCUAUUCUAUUGAUAACGUACCCUUUCUUCCUCUGUGUUUUUCGAGGGAAAAAACUAAUUUAUUUUCUCAAUUCUAUGAUAUUUUUAUUCGGAAGCCCCG